AUGAAUCGCUGCAGCUGGUCGUGUGGAGGUGGAGUUAUUCUGCUGUCGUCGACAUGCAGGCGGAGGGCAGCAGGCUGGGGUCCAUCUCAUCCUGACUGGAUCACAGGACCGACAUCAUCAUCCACCAUCCACCCCGACAAGGACAACAGCUCCCACCCCCUCUCCCGAUCAAAAAAAAAAAAAAAACAAGAACAAAAAACACAGGGACAGGGCAAUCUAUUUUUUUUUUUUUUUAAAGAAAGGCAGAAAUCGCAUCGAGAUCUGCAAGAUGCUGGCCUGUACAGAGAUGAUCACCAUGUGUCUUCAGUCUGCCAAGCAAGAACACUUGAGAAAGCAGCAGGAGCAUGACCGCAACCAGAAUCAAGGCAUCUCUCUUGUUCAGGAUAUAUUCCGCCGGGCAGAUAAAAAUGACGACGGGAAGCUGUCCUUGGAGGAGUUCCAGUCGUACUUCACUGAUGGUAUCCUCACUGACGAGCAGAUGCAGGAGCUGUAUUACUCCAUCGACAGGCAGCAGACAGACAACCUGGACAUAGACAAACUCUCAGAGUACUUCACUCCACAUCUGGGAGAAUACGUCAGCGUCCUGUCUGCUCUGGAAAAGCUGAACGUGGCCAUUUUGAAGGCCAUGGAUAAAACUAAAGAGGAGUAUCAGGGUUCAUCAGUACUGGGUCAGUUUGUGACGCGCUUCUUGCUGAGGGAGACCUCCACCCAGCUGCAGUCCCUUCAGUCAUCACUCGACUGCGCUAUGGAGGCUGUUCAUGACCAGGGCUGUACAGGGAGGAGGAUACUGAAGAAGCCCGAGGACCUGCCUAUUCAGAGGGUGGCCAAACGCCCUGGCCGACGCAUCCAGAAGAACAUGUGUCUCUCCCCUACUGACCCCUACUCUGGCAUGCUCACCACAGGGGUCAGCGUGGAGCCAGACAACCACUGGGGCUCCCAGAUCAACCAACUGGAGCAGCUCAUAGACAAACUGGAGUUUGAGAGUCCACAUCUUGAACCGCUCAAAGAGGACACAUUGGCAGGAACAUAUAAAUCGAACAUACUUCUGGUCCAGAGACAGAUGUCUGUGAAGGAGAAGGAUGGGGAGCAGUUUCAGGAAGCACUUAAAAUCUACACAGAUGCCACCAGCAGCCAGCCAAACAACCUGCACGUUUCAGUCCAGAACCUGCCAGACAGAUCAUGCUUCAUCAUGUACGAAUUUUGGCAGGACCGUCUCUCCUGGAUGAGCUACCUGCAUUCGUCCAUCAGUAAGACCUUCCAGCGCUGCAUUAUCGACUCACUGGAAGAGCCGGAGAUGGUCUCCACCAUGCUCCUCCCAGCCUCUUGGUGGAUUAUGAACAACAACUGACAGAGCAAAGCUACUGCUGUUCAACACAUUAAAAGCAGGAGGAAGAGGCGAUUGUAUAAUCAUUUAAUCUUUUUUGUUAUUUGAUAUCCACUUUUUCCUUCAUGGCAUGAUCAGGAUUGUUUUUGCAAAGCUAUGCUCAGAGGUUAUAAAAAAGAAGACUGCUUGGAUAAACCAGUCAACAGUGAAACAAACUAAAACGUGGGGAGAAAGAACUGAGGUAAUGCAAUAUUUUAUUGUGUGAUCAGGAUCUGUGCCUGCAUUCAUUUAACAGUAUUGGCACAUUUCAUGCUUCUGAUUUUAAUAGAAACACAAAAAAUUAGGAAAAAAAAAGAUUUGCAUGAAUUCUUAUUUCUCAGUGCUGGUUUAUUUAAAUCAAAACUACAUCUUAGAAUAGAUAUAAUGUCAGUGAUGCCACAGAAGUAGAAACACAUGAAUGACAACUGAUCUGUCCAUCCAUCACUGUCCAUCACUCAUUCUUCAGUACAGACAAAAACAGAAAUAGUGGUAGGGUUAACCUGCUUUCCCCUUGUUCUCUCUGUGGUAUUGUGCUUUGUUGUCUCCUUCAAAGCUUUGUUACCAAGCGUCUUUUUGUUGAUGGGUUAGACAGUCAUUAGCUAGAACAUAGUUAAUGAACAAUUAUGGUCCACAUCUAAACUUUUAUCAUCCAUGUGUCACUCCUGCACUUUAGAAAAAUAUGAAACAUGGACCUAAUUGUGAAGAAUGGAUAUUUAUUGUAGAUUGUCUAUUGAAAAUGUAGAAUUAACUGCUGUUAUAACAAGCUGCACUGAAGUGUAGUGAGACAUUAUUAUGAUAACAAUUAACCAAAUCAUUCUCAAGAAUAAAACUUAAAAGUUGUUAUUUUACAUUUGCAGUGUGUAAUCAUAAGAGUUUAAUGGUACAGUACACACAAAAUAGAAGUUUAUAUUUCGAGUACAGAAAUUCAGCAGAAACUUUUCAGUGUAAUGAAAUUAGAAAGAAUGUCUAUUAAGAUUGAGCACAGUAGUUAAUGAAAGCUAUAAGAUGUAAGUAAUUGUUGUACAACAUUGGUAAAUGUAUUGUAUGAUUGUAUAUUGAACUUUGGUUGCACUGAUAAUGUGAGGAAUGAAUGUGUCCACUUUUUUUUUUGAAGUGUUUAUCAUUUCUUUUAUGAAGAAUAUAGAGUUGUUAUGUGGAUGCUAUAUUUGUUUUCUGGCAUGAAAUAAAGUUCAUGACUUGUUGAUGACA